UCUUUCUUUCUUUCACCUUUUGAAUCUUUGAAGCAACGUUUAUUAUAUCUUCUUCACUUGAGCUCUCUCUAAUUGUUACUUCUUUGCUCAGUUAUCACUAAUCAACUCAAAUUGUUCUCAGCAUUUUUGCCAACCUUCUUCUGCUAUUCACUAUCUCCACAAAGUUCUUGUAGGAUCAGGUGAUUGUGUUGGAGCUUGUUGUGGACUUGGUUCUUCAAUCUGGGAGGAUGUUUUUAUAAUUGUGUUUGUGUAUAAGAGAGGGAGUGCUCUGAAUUAUAAGGUUGAGCUUUGGAUCAAGAAUGGGUUGGAAGAGAUCUGAUUUUAUGGUCAAGAGAGUGAUGAAGAUCUAUGGAGAAGUUUUAUUGGGAUUCUUGUUGAUCUGCACACUUCAGUUUUCAAGUGCAGACACUGAUCCCACUGACGUUGCUGCAAUUAAUAGCUUACAUGUUGCAUUGGGAUCUCCUCCUAUCCCUCUGUGGUCAUCUAGUGGGGGAGAUCCAUGUGGACAAGGGUGGCAAGGAGUUCAAUGUAAUGGUACAUUCAUACAAAAGAUAGUUCUGAAUGCCGCAAACUUGCAAGGAGAACUAGGCGAUAAUCUGGCGAAUUUCGUUUCCAUCUCAGUAAUUGAUCUAAGCAACAACAAUAUUGGGGGAAGUAUUCCAUCCAAUUUGCCAGUUACACUGAGAAACUUUUUUCUUUCGGCCAACCAGUUCACCGGAAGUAUUCCGGCCUCUUUAUCCUCAUUGACUGGACUGACAGACAUGUCCCUUAACGAUAAUCAUUUAAGUGGAGAAAUACCAGAUGCAUUCCAGUCACUUCCGCUGUUGAUCAACUUAGAUUUAUCUAAUAAUAAUUUGAGUGGGGAAUUGCCUCCGUCAAUGAGAAAUUUGUCAUCAGUGACCACACUAAACUUGCAGAAUAAUCAACUCUCCGGGACCCUUGAUGUUUUACAAGACCUUCCUCUUAAAAAUUUGGAUGUUUCGAACAAUCAGUUUGCUGGUCCAAUACCUCCGAAGUUGCUGAGCAUCCCUAACUUCAGACAAGCUGGAAACCCAUUCAAUGUUGUUAACUCUACUGCACCAGUUACUUCUCCACCUCGUUCCCCAGUGGCCGCACCACCAGGAACACCGGUUCCUAAAACACCAGCUUCUGGAACACCAUCUUCUGGAACGCCAUCUUCUGGACGUGGACCUCCUAAACAAGCUGAUGGACCAACUGCAGCUAAGGAAUCAAGUUCCGGGAAAUCGAAAAAACACACCAAAAGGGUGGUUUGGAUAGUUAUUGCUAGCAUAUUGGGAUUCAUUAUAUUGUUACUAGCACUCAUUCUCUUUUUGCCAAGAUGUGCCAGAAGGGAGCGGGAAGACAGAAGGUCCAAGAGACAUCAAAUUGGUGCAUAUGGAGGUGACAGACCACAUUCUAGGGAUCAUGGGGCUUUGGUCCCACCGCCUAGUCAAACAGAGAAAGGGGAUAUUCGAAGACCCAAAGAGGAUCACCAUGUGGAAACCAGGGCACUGGCGGCCAUUCCAAAGACUCAAGAUGAGCAAGAUAAAAAUAUGCAAAGAAUGACUUCAAUAGACAUGAGUACAAUCGAUGUCUAUUCCAUGCCUCCUCCUCCUCCGCCGCCACCUCCCCCUCCACCACCUCCUCCUCCCCCUCCACCACCACCUCCUCCAAUUCGUUCCCCAAUACGUUCAGUUCCUCCUCCCACUUUUGCAAAAUUUUUUAGUAUUGCAUCCCUUCAACAGUAUACAAAUAGUUUCUCUCAAGAAAAUCUUAUAGGAGGUGGCAUGCUGGGCACUGUGUAUAGGGCAGAGCUUCCUAAUGGGAAGGUACUUGCUGUGAAGAAGCUUGAAAAGAGAGUUUGUGAUAACCAGAAGGAGGAGGAUUUUCUUGAAUUAGUGAAUGGCAUUGAUAGAAUACGACAUGUAAAUAUCGUCGAGCUUAUUGGGUACUGUUCGGAGCAUGGUCAAAGGCUUUUGAUAUAUGAGUAUUGCAGUAAUGGAUCACUCUAUGAGGCACUUCACUCAGAGGAUGAAUUCAAAACAAGACUCUCAUGGAAUGCUCGCAUCCGGAUAGCACUUGGGGCGGCUAGGGCCCUAGAGUAUUUGCAUGAGCAAUGUCAGCCAGCUGUGAUUCACAGAAAUUUCAAGUCUGCUAACAUUCUUCUUGACGAUGACCUAUCAGUGCGUGUAUCUGAUUGUGGGUUGGCUCCAUUAAUAGCUUCCGGAUCUGUCAGUCAGCUAUCCGGACAACUGCUAACAGCUUAUGGCUAUGGAGCUCCGGAAUUUGAAUCAGGAGUUUACACAUACCAAAGUGAUGUUUACAGCUUUGGAGUAGUUAUGUUAGAACUUUUGACUGGCCGUCAGUCCCAUGACAGGAAGCGACCUCGAGGGGAGCAGUUUCUGGUCAGAUGGGCAGUUCCCCAACUCCAUGAUAUUGAUGCAUUGUCGAGCAUGGUUGAUCCUUCUUUGAGUGGAGAGUACCCCACCAAAUCAUUAUCAAAUUUCGCAGACAUUAUUUCUCGAUGCCUUCAGUCGGAGCCAGAAUUUAGGCCAGCAAUGUCAGAGGUCGUCUUGUACUUAUUGAACAUGAUAAGGAAGGAGUCCCAGCAAAGUGAAUCAGAUGAAAUAUGAGAAUGGUAGUGAUGUUUGAUCUUGAAUUCAUGUGCAAAGAUUUACAUUUACCUGCCAAAUAUAAGGUAUUAAUAAUAUACAUGUCAUCUAUUGGUGGCUCAAUUAGAUGCCUCCAUGUUCCAUUUCUUCCAUGCUAACCUAUUCAACAUUCACAUUCCAAAAGCCUCAGAAAUUCAUAGUCACAAACCCUCCUCACAUGUGUGGUCAUAUUCAUAUAUACAUGAUAUUUCAUAGUUCAUUGAAACCUUUUUAGUGUUUUAGUGCUGUGCUUAGUGUGCUAACCCCACCCAUUUGUUUGGUAGUUGUUUCCAAAUUCUUAAAAGUGUAAUGUAGGUCAAAGUUGUGCAUCCUUUUUUAUGUGUACAUUGAUAAUGGAAUUUUGAUAUUCAAUUGUACCAAAUCAUUAAGCAUCAUUGUAAUAAUUUUCUAAUAAUGAUAUUGUUCUUUGUAACCUAUAUAAAAAAGCAGCAUCUAGUAGUCGGUUUUUUGUUUUAA